AUGCUUCGUGUCGCCGCCGCCCUCGCGCUCGCGCCUACUCUAUUGAGCAAUGUUGCCGCCGAGCCUUUGUACAAAAAGCCUGUCAAGAUCCCCGGUUAUGGCUCCGUACAAGGAAAGGCGGCUGUGAACUCCAGUGUGGCCGAGUACCUGUCCAACUGGGAGAACAUCUCUUUCUUCGGAGGUAUUCCAUUUGCUGCCGAUACCUCUGGAGCCAACCGUUGGCGCGACCCUCAGCCGGCGGAGCCAUGGAAUUCAACCCGGAGUGCAACUGCUUUCGGCCCCAUCUGUCCGAUCACGUUAUCGAUCCUGGCCGAUUACACCCAGAGCGAGGAUUGCUUGAACCUCAAUAUCUGGACUCCUGCCACCUCGUCUGACGAGAAGCUACCGGUGGCUAUCUGGAGUUAUGGCGCUGGGACAGCACCGCCCCAAACCACCUAUAACGGUGCAGGUGUGGCUAACCAGGGCAUCAUCUUUGUCAGCUACAACUACCGCAACGGAGUGUUUGGAUUCAUGGCACACCCUGAGCUGACUGAGACCAGCGGUCGGAAUGCCUCGGGUAACUGGGGUGUCCUGGAUCAGUAUGCGGCGGUGAAAUGGGUCCACGAGAACAUCGCAGCGUUUGGUGGCGAUCCGGAUCAUAUUUCUGUCAUUGGCCAGUCAUUCGGCGCUGCUGCCACUUACCACAUCGUGAAUAGCGAACUGACCGCCGAUCUGGGUAUCGUGAACGCCAUUUCCGAGUCCGGCGUCCGCUCUCCCAGUGACCCGAACACUGGCGUGUUUGAGUGCGCCUACACCAGCUUGGAUGAUGCCGAAACCAUGGGCGAGGAGAUUGUGUCCUCCCUGAACGUCACCUCGCUUGCCGAAGCCCGGGCCAUCGACACGGAAACUCUGCUGGAAUCCACCAGCGUCUACAGUUUGGAGGUGAAGCCGGUUCUGGACUACUACGCCAUUGCGAGCAAGUACAUCACCACGCUGGCCCAGGGAGCCGGCAACAAAGUUCCCUACAUCACGGGAAACAACGCCAACGAGGAUGGGGCUUCUGCCACCGUUAGUACCACAGUGUCUGCCUACGAGCAGAGUCUGAACUCGAGCUACGGCGGGUUUGGUCCCCGGUUCCUAGCCCUCUAUCCGGCCGAGAACGACACCCAGGCCGGCGAGCAGGAAGACCAGAUCGUCCGCGAUAUGUUCCGGGUUAGUAGCUGGCAGUACAUGAACGGUUUCUCGAACUCUGCCAACCAGGUCGACACCUUCACCUACUACUGGAACUACGGCAGCGCCGCUCAUGCUUCGGAGAUCGUCUACGUGCUCAACAACCUCUGGGCGCAGGAGGGCGAGGACUACACCGACGAGGACUAUUACGUUGCCAAUGUGAUGAGCAGCUACUGGGCCAACUUCAUGAAGACCUCGAACUCCAACACCGGCGGCUCCUACGACAACGGCACCCUCCCAGCCACCUGGGAGGCCAACUCGCCCUCGAAGAACGAGACUUUCUUGGUGGGCGCUGUUUACGAGACCAUGGACACUGCGUCUACGGAGCGUGUGCAGUUGAUUCUAGACUACUUCGCCGCUCAGACCCCUUACUAG